AACAAAAACAAGAGCAACGUUGGAAUUUCCGCCAUCUCACCCUUCAAACACUCUCUCCUACCUUGAUUCCUUCGUCCCCAACACCAAAUUCAUACAAAAAGCUUCGCCUUUGCCCACAAUUACAAAAACCCACAUUGCCAUUUUGACACCAUUUGGGCUUCUUAGACUUUUGUCUUCAAUUUUGCUUUCUUUCUUUCUUUUGUUUCAUCAACAAUGGCUUCCGCAGUUUUCUCCAACUCCUUAUUGUCUCCUCCUGCUCCUCAGGCUCAAUCAUCUCUCGCGCAUCGACCAGUUUUUCUCUCUCCUUCUCGAAUCUCUCUCACAAACCCACCCAGAUCUCAGCCUAUAUUUACCCAUUUGAAGAACAAGAAGAAUUCAACCCAUUUCACCACAUUUUGUUCCUUGGAGGAUGCAAAAGAUCCAAACCAAGAUGUUCCCAUUGAAUUGCGAUAUGCUGCAUUUCCCACAGUGAUUGAUAUAAACAAGAUUCGUGAAAUUUUGCCACAUCGGUUUCCAUUUCUUUUAGUGGAUAGAGUGAUUGAAUAUAAUCCUGGGGUUUCAGCUGUUGCAAUCAAGAAUGUCACUAUAAAUGAUAACUUUUUUCCUGGACAUUUUCCCGAGAGGCCUAUUAUGCCUGGUGUUCUCAUGGUUGAGGCAAUGGCACAGGUUGGUGGUAUAGUUAUGCUGCAACCGGAUGUGGGAGGUUCACGUGAGAAUUUCUUUUUCGCUGGAAUCGACAAAGUGAGAUUCCGAAAACCAGUGAUUGCUGGCGACACAUUGGUUAUGAGAAUGACUCUUGUCAAGUUGCAGAAACGCUUUGGAAUAGCAAAGAUGGAAGGGAAGGCCUAUGUUGGAGGGGAGGUUGUAUGCGAGGGUGAGUUUUUGAUGGCCAUGGGUAGCGAAUGACACAUUUAAGUUUUGUAGCUUAUUUCAUAGCUGCUGAUGUUUUAUUUUUGUAGUUUUCCAUUCCAUACAAACUGUGAUUUUCUUCUCCCCCUCCGAUAUAGGCCUUGUGGCAGCCUUUUGAUUUGAUUUUGAACCGUUGAGUAGAUGUUUUCUAACUUUUUUUUGUUUUUGUUUUUUGGGUUAAAUAUUGCACGGUUUAGUCUAAUGGGUCCGUUUCAUAUGUAGAGUAUUUGUCAAAUGUUUUCUUGACGAAUAUUGUUGACUUUUUUUUUUUUUUUUUUUUUCGAAUUCGAUAAUGUUGUCUCUUAAAAUAGGUAUAGAACUUCAUUUGGAUGGCUAAAUUAAAAUGUGUUCAUCUUCAAUUCAAUCAUGCUGUUCUGAUCUGUGAUCUUCACCUCCAUUCAAAUAUAAUUAAUUCUAUUUAUCAUUUCCAUAUAUAUAUAUAUAUAUAUGCAAGUUCUGUUUAUUUUAUAUAAGAAUGAUGUAUUAUUCACAAUUUCUAAAAGUUCUCUUAAAAUUUAAUCGAACCCUUUUGGUUUAAGUACUGGUUAAAAAAAUUCCCUCUACCACCUAAAGUGACAUUUUUGAAAUUAUUGGAAUCUAAUUGAAAUAAGAACAAAAGGGUGCGGCUGGUAAUCCCUUAUAUACAAUUUCUUCUUUCUUUUCAACAACGGCUUAAUUGAACCAGCGUCCAAUACCACUCACAAAAUAAUCAUUAUCAUGCAGGUUAUUAGAUGAUAUUCAUCCUUUCUUUCAUUCUUUGUUCAUUAUUUUAAACCUUUUUGUGGUCUCAUCUUCUUCUUCUUCUUUUUUUUUUUUUUUUUUUUUUUUUUUUUUUUUUUAAUUUCAAAUCUUUUUAUGGCUUCAAAGUAAAAUAAAAUAAAACAAUUGUGUUUUUAAUAUAAAAUAGACCCUAUUAAUCCAUGGUACUAAUAAUGAUUCCCCACCAUCUGAAAUCUCAUUCCAAAAUUCUUAAUGCAUGCAACUUUUGAGUUAUGAAAAGAAGCAAUGCAAGAGCGCGUGCUUCCAUUACAAGAAAAAACCAAACACUACGAGGGGCAGCAGUAAGGGAAAUGGUUAUACUAAGGCAGUUCUCCAAAAUUGAUACAUAAAAAUUUACCGGGACCAAACAAACAUCUAUAAAAAUUUCAUGUGGCGAAAAAUUCUAAUUCAAUCUGUAUAAGGAGAAAAAGUAACUUCUUUCCAGAAUAAACUGCCAUGAUAACUACCACCACUUCCAUCUUGCAGGUUGCCUGCCACCAUGACCUUGUAUAUCACAAAAAUUAACCCAAAAAAAAAAAAAAAAACAAAA